CAAGUGACAAUAAUGACGUAGAUGCUAAUGUUUAUGUUUACAUAGUUGGCCAUGCGAUGGAUUGUUAUGUGUUGUGUUUGAGUGUACAAGCUGUUUCACAGUAAUAGUUAAUAAUGGAUGAUAAAGUAAACUCAGCAUUUAUUUGUGCUAAAUCAUUGUCAGAAUGUAUAUAGCAGUAACUGGACCUUUGUAUGUAUGUCCCGAUGAAGGAUGUUAACGUUGUUAAGUCAAGCUCGAUUCUGGACCCUGAAAGAUGAAAUAGUUAUUAAAGACACAGACUUCGGUGCUUUCAGGUAUUUAGAAAAAAAGGACGUGUCAGAUUCGCCCUACAAUGAAGGGAAGCGUUCAUUUGCGGAACAAAGAGGGAUCACAUGCGUGGUCCGAAAUAAAAGACCAAACAAGUUAAGAGAGUCAAUUAAAGAUUUAGAGGAACAUUUGGUUCAGCAUAAAGUGAUCUAUUGUCACUGGAGGGACAACAGUCUCUUGCAACUGAUUUUCAGUUCUGGGCUUAUUGCUAAAAUAUGUGUAAACAUUUUUACUGGUGACAUACUAAAAAUUUCAUUUGACAAGUAUCUUGUUGGAAAACUUCUUUCUGAGUAUAUUGCUGAUGCUAUUUUCACAAAAACGCAUUUAAUUUUUUCAUACAAUGAUAACCAGGUAACACUUGUUUACUUUGUGAAACCACUAACAAACUGCAAUGUAUCAGAAAAAAUUAGUCGUUUGGAACCAAAAGUACAAAAUCUGGAGUUGGCUGGACCAUCUGGCCGGCGCUUGGAGAGAAAAUUGUCAUCAAAUGUUAAUGGAGACAUGAUACUUAUUUGGUGGCGGUGCACUCGUGAUGAAGUUUAUCCGUGGAGUCCAGUCGUUAAAGAUCAGGACAGAGCAAAUGUUCAUGUGUAUAUGGUCACUGGGACAAAAUUUGAGCUGCUGUGCUACUAUAGAACAGAAUUUGAUCCAGUCAGUGUAUCUUUCAGCUGUAUACAGCCAAAUGUUAUUCAUUCAGUAGAGCAGAAGGUGUCAAGAAAAGGAGAAGUGACAGUGGAGAGCUGCACGUACGAGAUAAGUAAAUCACGUUUACAGCGAACAGCAGUUACUUCUGUUCCUCUACAGACUCAAGUUUGCUGCCACAGUUUCAGUCCGGAUGAAGAGAAGCUUUUGCUUGGCUGUAUUGAUGGCUCCCUGGUGCUGUUUGAUGAGGGAAGAGGAGUUACACAUACAGUAAAGGCAGCAUUUAUAUCCACAACAGUAUCUUGGCACCCUGAUGGUAUGUUAGUUGUAGUUGCCAAUGAAAGGUGCCAGCUACAGUGUUUCGACACAGCACUGGGCUGUAUCAGGAAUCAGUUGGUGAGUGAAGAUAUUACACCAUCCAGUUUGUUGGACCUCGGAUCCUACUUUAGGACUCAGCCGACCCUUCUGCACAUGGAAUGGAAUAAGAAGACAGAUGUCAGCCAAUAUGCAGAAAACUUUUGCCAGACAGAUGGGUUCCUUUUACUUCAGUUCGAAAGGGGACCACUAGCUGUUGUUCAGUUGGUUGGAGGUGGUGGCCUUAUUGGAGAUCUUCAUGGAAGUGGUCUCACUGCAGACACUAUGGUUGCAAAGUACCUGAUGUUCAAUCAGGUUGACCGGGCAAUCAAUUUGUUGCUAAGUCUCAACUGGGAUUCAUAUGGUCAGCAGUGUAUUUCUUGUCUCAACCGUAUCAUUAAUUACCUCUUCCGGCAGCCACUCACACCAGAAAGAGAAGUGCAGCUUCAGACAGCUUUAGGCAGCUUUCUUUUACCUCCACGGCCUCUUUGCCAUGCUACUGAGGAGGAGUUUGGAAGCACUGUACGUGAUUUGGCAAGACGUUUCUUUCACCAUCUGCUGCGUCAUCGUCUACUUGAUAAGGCUUUCAGACUGGCCAUUGACUUGGAUGAUGGUGAUCUGUUUUCUGAUAUAUGGCACUGUGCCAAAGAAAUGGGUGAGACUGUUAUAGCUGAUGCUGCCCGCGAACGUGCACGACUGAUAUUUAGCCGCUGUAGCAGCCGGUCGAGCUCACACUCAGAUUCAUCUCAGUGUUCUCGUUCCUGUUGUUCUGGAUGCUCUGGUUGUGAUAGCCGUGAUACAACGAGUGAUGACUCACCGGAACCACCACCUCAACCACCACCUCCUCUUCCAGUACCAAGACAGCAAGGGAGUGCUGUGAGAACACCUGGAGAGAAACCAAAAGUGAAGUUCUCUGACACUGUCACUCACAUUCUUGUGCCUGAUUCAAGACCAUCAUUGGCAGAAGAGGAGGAUUUUUGCCUGAAUGUGAAACCAUCUGGCAGUGCUUUACAGUUGCAGAAAGAGCACUCCAAGAGACAGCAUGUUUACAUUCCAGACACACAGCAGGAACUUGCUGACAGUCUGCCACUGUGCCUUGGCAACAAAGACUACUUGAAAGAUUUUUCAACCAGUGCAGAUAUAUCUGAGGAAGAGGACAAUGGAAAUGGCACCAUAAAAGUUGUCCAUUUUGGUGUUGUAUAAAAAAUAAAAAAAAAAAACCUCUCGUUUGGAUUUUCAGGCCAACAGUUCAAGUGCCUUACCAGUCUGCAGUUGUAGCCAAGUGGCUUUAUGAUGUGCCUUACUCAUCUGUGUGCCAAAGUAAAUGUUUCAUUUAUUCAGUAUUUUGCACAAUAUAUUUAUAGAAAUGAUUUUUAUUUAUCCCUUCUCACUGAAUUUUCCAAAUAAUGUGAAUAUGCUGUUCUUGGUGAUAUUAUCAAUGCUCUAGGUACUGUGGACAACCACUCACUCCUCUUGUUGUGGUAUUAAUUCAGUAAAUGCACAUCUAGUAUAUACCUGACAAGUACUGUGAUUAUUCUUUGCGGAGUAUACCUUUCCAAACGGACUGAUAGAUCUAUUGUAGGAGCCUUAUAGCCCAGGGAUGAACAAGUUAUUUGUUUUUUUCAUAUUACUGAUGUAUGUCUGUUGUGAGAUGUUAUAACUCCGGUACUCACCAAUGCUGACAUUUAUUGAUGUGAAUCCCAAAGGUCCAAUGUUAACCUCCACAUAUCUAUUGAAAAAAAUCUUGUCAACUUUGGAUGAUUUCUGUCUGAACUGCACAGCUUGGAGUACUUUAAAGAAAAUAUGACGUAAAUAUGUAUCUAGUGCACUUUGAGAAAUUGUUAUACUUGUUGAAAAUACUUCCCUCAUUUUAUCCCUACAGUAUGGAGCAAAUCUUCCUUCUUGUUCCUACUGUUUUUAAGUGAAAGCAUUAAAAAAGUGCUGUCUAAAUUUAAUAUUUGUACUUUGUGUUGGCACUGUGAUUGUUGUGUCAUGCACUGUGGACGAGCACCAGUCCCGCCCGGCCCUGCCCACUGCACGGCACAUUUUUUGCGCUCCCUGUGGCUCUGCUUUCAUACUCGUAGUAUUAUUGCCGUUAUUGGGCUUUAUACUAGAUAUUUGUUUGGGAAAAUAUUUAUUCAAAUCAUACAUUUUUGAUAUUCAUUUUGAAUAAAAACAGUUUUCUUGGAGUUUUCAGAUAUUCGUGUAAUUUUUUUCUUACAUUCUAUAAGAUCCGUGUUUUGAUUCAGCUCUGGUGGGGUGGGUGCUUUAUUAUUUAAAACAUAUAUUGAAUAGUAUUUUUGUUUUCACUACUUCAAUAAUAUUUAUUUAUAAUUGGUUU